AUGCAACCAACAAUUUUCAGACCAGUCACACUCCCUUCUUUCCAACCUUUCAAGACCUUUUUCCCACUCGUCACCACCGUCAACAUAUCAGACGACAGCUUCGUCGAAGACUCCAUCAAACACAAAAAGAAGCGAUCAACUUCAGUCGGCGAUGAGUGCCAAUCAUCCCUUUAUGCACCAAAACGCGCAGAAAGCGUUGGCGUGAGCCAAAGACAAAAACUCACUAAGGGGAACCUCAACGCAGCCGGGCUUGGCUACAUUUCUUCUGACGACAAGAAAGAGCGCGUGUUUUAUUGGAUCGACACUAUCAAAGAGACAGACGUUUAUCCCCAUCCCUCAACGCUCUAA